CGCUAGGGAGCGGCUGGUAGAGCGAGCAGCCUCGGGAAGAAGCCCGGGCUGUUUGUUCCCGUCACCUGGGAGAGCAGGCACACACAGUCGCGCGCGCACGGACACACACACACGCACGCACAGACGCUGGUGGCGAGUUCGAGCCCCGCGUCCCCUGUCCGCCCGCGUGCGCCCCUCGGCACGGCUCGCCUCCCGCCCCCUGAUUCCUGCUGCUGCCGCCCAGAGGAGAAAGGAACCUCUGCCUCGAAUUUCCCCACUGCGCCGGGCGCUGCGGCGAGGGGCGAGGGUGGACGCGAGGCGGAGAACGCGAUGAAUGAGUUCUCCCCUAGCCUCGGAGUUGUCUGAGUUGGCGGCGCUGCGCCCAGGCUUCCGGCUCUCAGCGCCCCACGCGCGCGUGGCUCCCCGGGCUGCCACUCACGGCCGCGGCCGGGGCCAAGCCAGCCACGCAGGGCAGCCGAGGCUCCGGAGCUCCUGUCCCGGCCCCAGUCCGGGUAAAAGGAGGGUUGUCCCCAGCGGAGGCGCACAGCCGCGCGUUCUCCCCGCACUCUCUCCGCGGUCCCAUCUGCUCCCCAUGGCGUCUCAUCCGCAAACCCGGAUCCAGGCUUACCUGGAGAAGAACAAGAUCGGUCCCCUGUUUGAGGAAUUAAUGACCAAGUUAAUAACUGAGACACCUGACCAGCCAAUCCCAUUUCUCAUUGACCAUCUUCAGUCUAAACAAGGGAACCGUGGACAACUUCAAAGAACUUUGUCUGGAUCUGCAGCUCUAUGGGCAGAAAGCGAAACAUCAGAAUCCAAAGGAACAAGAAGGGAUUUCAGAAGCUAUGAUAAACCUUGGCAAUUAAAUGCAAAGAAGCCUAAAAAAUCAAAAAGUGACCUUGCUGUGUCUAAUAUUUCUCCACCACCAACGGACUCCAAAUCAUUGCCAAGGUCAGUAGAGCAUCCAAAGUGGAACUGGAGGACUAAACCACAAAGCCGUGAUUUUGAUGAAUUGAAUCACAUCCUUCAAGAGAGCAAGAAGCUGGGGAAAGCCCUUGAGAAUCUCUCCCGAAGUAUUGCAAUUUCAGAUGAACUCGAUAAGGAAACAGUGGCAUUUAAUUCUUCUAUUCUGAGGCCCCGUGUGAUUGGAGAAUGGAUUGGUAGAGAAGAAAAUGAUGCUGAUCCCCUCGCCGCUGAAAUGCUACAGCCUCCAAUUCCAAGAAGCAAAAAUGACCAAUGGGAAAGUGAAGAUAGUGGCUCUAGCCCUGCAGGAAGCUUAAAGAUGGAGCCUAAGAACAAAGGGUUAAAACAGCAGCAACAGCAACAUAAGAAACUCCUGGCUGCAAUGCUCUCUCAAGAUUCUUUUGAGUCCAUCCACAGCCCUACCCCAUCUGUAACAGAAGAAGAUAUUGAUAAUGAAGAUGAUGCAAUGGAAUUGCUGGAGGAUCUUAAUGAUUUAAGAAUGGAGGGAGUAACAACCCUGGUACCUUCUGGGAGCAAAUUUAACCAAGGCCGUCCUACUUACCCGGCUGAGCCUCAGGCCAAGGUCACACUGAACAUCUGUUCAAGGUGUGCCAGGCUUCAAGGAGACAAUCUGGAAGAAAGGACAGAAGAGUCACUACCAAUGCUUCAUUCUCCAGAUGAAAAAAUCCCAGAUUCAUUCGAUUCCUUACCUGGGACUGAAGAAGCACUAAUGGAGGAGGGUGACGAAUUUGAGAAAGCAUCUAAACUAACAGGACCUGGAGAAGCCUCCAGUGGAGCCGGACACUCACUGAAAAACUACAUGGAAGAAGAUGAAUCCUUAAAGCAACUGCAGGUAGUUCAUCAACCAUGGAUCUUGCCAAGUGACACAGAAAGUGAAGGAGUGGAAGCAGAACAGGAGAAACGUUCCGCAGAUCUUCUUCUUUGCGUUCCAUGCUCUUCUUGUCCUACACUGGUCUACUCUGGUUUGUGAAACAGACAGAAGAAGUUGCAAGUGGUCCUUAAAGAAAUUGCAGUUAUUCAAAUCCUUAUGUAUAGUUCUAAUUUUAUUUACUAUGUGUAAUCAUUUAGAGAAUGGUUAUUUUUAUAAUCUCAAUAAUAAACAAGUACUAUUGUAACCAGGGGGUGCCCAAGUAUGUAAUCAGAGAACACUAAUCCUGGCAAAGGAUUGUGAGGUGGUCAGGAGGCCAGCUGCCUUUUGACAUGGUUAGUGUCCUGGAUUUAGAUUACUUUAUACAUAGUUAUUAAGAUUAAUAUUUGAUAUAUUAAAUAUUGCCUGAUUCAAAUAACUUUGCUUAAAACUUUUCUGUAUUUUAACUUGUCUAGGGUUUUCUACUUCUUCUAUUUUUAUAAUAUUUUCUCAUUUUUUAGAUUACUAAACAUUAUACUUAUCCACAUGUGCCAAGAUGUGCCAUUUAGGUCUCUGCAGAAGUCAGCUGUUUGGUAUCAUCACCUGCCAUAUAUGUUGUGUGCAGCAGCAGUAAGAAGUAUAUGCUCCGCCACUGCUCUUUCUCAUGAUUAUUUUCUCCAUUCCUAUUAAAACGAAUAAUUGUUAUGUUAAUUCAAUAAAGCAAACCAAUAAGGAAUGAAAUGCAUGGCCCAAAACAUAGAAAAUGAAAAUCGUUUGACCAUUUAUGCAAUUAUUGAAUCCAAUUAAGAUGAUCCAUUUUAAAUUUAAUAUAUGCUCGCUUUUGGAAUGUGUUAUGCAUUGAUGCUAAGUGAAUGGAUCUAAGUAAAUCUAUUGAUAUCUCUAC